GUGGCUGGAGGAGCAUCUCACUGGUGGACAGUGGACACAGAGGGACAGUCAGUGAGAGGACAGCUGAACAAGUAGCUCAACGAUGUCUGCGAAGUUUCACGAGCUCGAGGCCAAACUGUUGACAGGAGAAGUCCUCCACUUCUCCUCCCUGAAGGGCAAAGUUGUCCUCAUCGAGAAUGUGGCGUCUCUCUGAGGAACGACCACCAGGGAUUACACCCAGAUGAACGAGCUCCACCAGCGCUUCGCCGGCCAGGGGCUCGUGAUCCUGGGGGUGCCCUGCAACCAGUUCGGCCAUCAGGAGAACUGCAAGAAUGAUGAAAUCCUGCAGUCUCUGAAGUAUGUCCGCCCUGGAAAUGGUUUUGAGCCCAAGUUUCAGCUCCUGGAGAAAGUGGAUGUGAACGGGAAGGACGCUCAUCCUCUGUUCGUGUUCCUGAGAGAGAAGCUCCCCUUCCCUAGCGACGAGCCUUCCGCCCUGAUAAACGACCCCAAGUUAAUCAUCUGGAGCCCGGUCUGCAGAAACGACGUGGCCUGGAACUUCGAGAAGUUCCUCAUCGGGCCUGAUGGGGUGCCGUUCAAGCGUUACAGCAGGAGGUUCCUCACCAGCGACAUUGAGGGGGACAUCAAGAAGCUCCUCAGCAUAGCGCACUAACGAACCUUCCGCCAGCUUCUGUUUGCACCAGGCUCUCAGCACUUAGGAAGCAUGUGUGUCCCUGAUCACAUCCAGAGAAACACCCUUGUGCCGUCUUUUUUCCCUCCAUAGCUUCUGUAGAUGGUUUGACACUUUUCUACGUGACCACCUGUGCUCUCUUGUACCGAUGUCUGUGUUCUGUUCUUUUACUAUAUGAAGACAUCCUCUGAAACCAGUCUUGAUGUGAGGGGGGUGUCUGAUGCAAUGUAACAGGCUGAAUGUCUCAGCUUCAUUGAGUACUUGUAAAGCACUGCUGUGGUUUUAAGUAUAAAGACAAGCAAUAAAUGUUUUUUUUCUUAAAUCCUG